CAGACAUUUGGUUCAUGAAUUUUCAGUGCUCAGAUUUUUGUCAGUGUCAUUUAGGCUCGCAAUUUCUUCUAAAGAUUUAGCGAAGUAGCCUUGAAAAAAUUAGUUUUAUGUGUUUAAAUAUUCUAAUGCCCCGUUGGUGGAAGAUUAUUGAUUCGAGAUAGUUUAUUUUGAUCUUGAAAUGGUUACAAUAUGUAAAUAUUUCCACUCGUGCAAACCUGUCAAGUAUUUUCGUUUUUACGAUUAAAGUAAUGCGAAUUGUCGAAGGAAACUGUGCAUAAUGUAGUUAAACCCUAGAAGUUUUUACUGAAUGGGUGGUUGACUUUUAUUACAUUUGACCAAGGACAUGUACAUAAUAAAUCAUCGUCACUCACGCCAUUCGUCAAUAUCUGCGAGCUCCAGAACAUGCUCUCCUGCUGGCGAUGAACACCUGACCAAACCAUGGAGAAUCGUGGUGGAUGGAGUGAUGGCGUAUCAGGUGCUCCUGGAAAUGUUACAGAUGAUUCGCAGGUGGAUCACGAUCGAGUACGGAAGGAGUUUUACGCCACCUAUGACGUCAUGACGGGUGUGCGCAUAGCCGCUACACUUGGCGGCUUUUUCGCAUUAAUGGUUUUUUUGAUCGUCUACAAAAGCCGAAGUAAAUCGGUAAAGGCUUUAAAUGACCCAAAACUCGUCGAGCUUGCUGAAGCCGUUGUAGCAGAAGAACAAGCAGUUGAAGAAGAAAGACAGCUAACAGCUGCUCUCGAAGAAGCACUAUCAGAGCGAGCGCGGUCCCGUCCUUCCAUUGGCGAAGAGCCACCUUGGCCACGGAGCUCACGUUUUGCAUCGUAUGGCGGUGGCUAUGGUAGUUUAUUGACACCCCCACGACGGCUUUCUACAGCCCGUGGCGAGUCUCUGCCUGGAUCCGCGCUACGAUCCGCAGAGCGUCGCGCAUCUGGAGGGCCACGCGACCGUCGGCUUAGUUCAAUCACUUGCUCCAGCUCCGGAAGUUCAUAUCUAGAACGACGGGGUUCUUCAGUGGUCUGUGCAUUGCCGGAAAGGCGUUUGUCGCCUUGCCCAAGCGAGCGACUAGCCCCGUUGGCGUCAGUUGGUAGCGUAGGAACAUCCUACGCUGUGGAAUGUGAAUUAGUGUCAGUUGGUGCAGACUCUGUAUUCGCUGAGGACGAUGACUCGACAGAUGAUGAGGUGGACCAGUUUUCGACUGACAGCGGUGGAGGCGAGCACGGCGUAGGCGGCGAGAGCACGGAACUCUCAUGCCGGCCUGCGCUGCCGCUUCGCAUUGACCGGGUGUCACAGUCGCGGGAAACGUUGUUUUAGUCGCCGUCGUAACUCGUUGGCCGUUGAUGUUACUCGCACAUUAAAAUAUCGACUUUUCAAAAAUGGUUUAAUUAUAAUGUGGUUUUUUAAACAUAUCACGCAGACCUUGUACAUUUUGACAUAUCAUUUUAAAUUGACCAAAUGGAAACAAAAUUGUUUUAAUAAAUAUUUGUAUGUAUUUUUUUCUAUUAGUAUGCGCCUAACGGGUCUGUCAAUUGAAAGUAUUGAAACUAUAAAAUGUGAUUUAUUUAUUUCGUUAGGUUUGUGAAAGUCGCUUAAGAAAUGCACAUCACCAACACAUCACGUACAAAAACUCCACUAAGAAAGUGUCGAUAUUUUAAUAUGUAAAAUAGAAUGUAAAUAGUAUGUUUUUGUUAUUAAUUAUUGAUGUUUCAUGUUAAUGUUUUCAGACCAUGAUACAGUUACGAAUUUUCAUUAAUAAAAUUACAAGUAGGUGACCAAAUAUAUUUUUGCUCAUGUAUUGUUGCGCUAACCGUUUAUCGGUAUCGGAUGCCAGCUGCUAGUUGACCUGCCUGCAUAAACAUUAUACGAGUAACGAAGCUGACUUAGUCACCAUUUAGUGUUCUUUGUAAGUACAUAUUUACUGAUUAGGUAAAGAUCUGCCGAAUUAGUCGAUUAUAGGCACUUUUAUGUACUUAUUUACUUAUCAUGACUAGUUGUUAAAUAGUUUUCGAAGAUUUGUCUGAUAUUGGCCAAUCUAUUUACGAUAUUUUCAAUUCUUCGUCGGGCUAUAAUCGCUGCCUGCGAUUCUGACAUUAUUAAGAACAACUGUUUUAACUUUACUAAUUCAGCAUCGCUACUGCAUGUGCCAAUAGUAGACAUGUCGUCGUCAAAUGUCACUGCUGCGACGCCUGCGACCCGUCCGUAUUUGCGGUACGUCGUUAAAUAUACAAAUGGGAACCCCCCAGUGAUGGAAGUUUCAUUUUAUGACAAUGACAACUACACUUAUCACGGAAAUCGCACAUCUUCGGGCGUAAGCGAUUCUUUCAAAGGCCGGCUAAUCUUAACAAUAAAUAGAACCCGUAAACAAAAGAGACAUCAGAUUUAAGGCUACUAAAUUACCAAACAAAACCAUUUCACUAAGAGCUAGAAUCGCUCGCGCCAUAUGAAGGUGUUCGAUUUCCGUGACCCCGAGUGUACUUAAAUGGUUAGAAAAUGAGCACUAACAUCUAUUAAAAAAAUACAAAACCUAAAAUUACAUGCAUAAAAGUCGUCAGUACGUUUUGUAUAAAACGAGAACAUUUGUUUGUAUGUCCGCUACCUGCCAAACUCGAUUUUAUGUGAAAUUACUUUGUCCUAUUCUAAGCCAAAGUUAGGCCCAAAUGCGUUAGAUUUUUUUUAUUUAACCUAGACCAGUCUAGUUUUGCCGAAAUAAGUACAGGCGGAAUUAAUUUGGAAUUAUUAUUAAAAAUAUUAAAAUACAAAUCGCUAACCAGUUCUAUCGUAUUAUAAAAAAAGGCGUGUCUGGCAGUGACAUAGGCCGUAUGUGGCGCAUUUUUGAUCGAACGUGUCUGUAAUAAAAUGUAGAUAGUAGAUACUAACUUGUUAGGAUAGUUGUCAGUAAAAAGUCAAUUUGAAAAUGUGUAAUUGUAUUAUAUUUAGUAUUGUUCGUAACUACCCUUAAAAUGUAAAGGGCUUAUAAGACCAAUUCGUCCUUUGAACAAUAAAAACGCUAGAAGCGGCCUAAAAUUUGCGCUAACCAACUCACAUUUCCAGAUAAACUGCCACUAUUCUUGCUUAGUAAAGCAGUUAUUAGAUCUACACGGUUGCCGGGCCGGGCGGACGGGGCUCGUCCGGUCCGUUUCAUGAGAUAUCAGAGCAUCAUUAAUAAUAUUUGAAAUGUAAAAACUCGUGAACUAGAAAUGUCGAUCGUGGACGUAAUAGAUUUAUUUUUAAUUAUAUUGGUAACGUGCAAUGGAAAACUGCUGUUCUAGGGUGGUAGCAUCCGUUGAUCAGCACCCGUUUGCAAGUGCCCAGCAACCGUGUGGAUCUAAUAACCGCUUUACAAAUGUUAACGGACACUGGAGUUUUAUUGACUCCAGUUUACCGCUGAAAUCGCCACGCGCGGUUCGAUUUGAGGUAGAUUACCUACACACUAAGUCGUUUUUAUUACAAUUUAGAUUAAUGUGUUAGUUUAUGUAACUGUUCGUUGCUCGAAUUAAAAAGAGCUCGCGGUAGCCUGUAAAAUGUUGAAAUGUAUGUAAAAAAAAUGUAAAUAUAAAACACAAGUCA